AUGACUCAUGACUGUUGCAAGAGAGUUACUGGCAAAGCCAGCAGCUUGCGGGAGCAUCGAUCAGAGAGGAGAAAGGGAGGAGCGGUAUGCUUCUGUUGCUGGCGCCGAUACGGGUGUGGUGCUGCGGAUGCUGCUGCGGGUACUGCCGACGCUGUUGAUACUGUUGAUGCCGACACUGAUGAUGUUGCUGCUGCUGUGAUCGGCGCUGGUGCUGACACUGCUGAAGCCACACUAUCAGAUCUUGUCCUCGCCCCUUCUGCUAAGCGUCGAUGCUCUCUCCUUGUCUCGUGCCAUCUCCACUAA